CAUGUAUUUUACCACAAACAAAUUUGAAAAAAGAAACAUGUUGACACAAAAAAACCUGUACAUAACUAAAAAAUAGAUUAUAUUGGAUUACAUAAAAAUUUAAAACUUUGGUGCUACAAAUGAUACCACUAAGAAAGUGAAAAGACAAGCCACAUAAUGGGAAAAAAACUUUUGCAAAUCAAGUAUUUGAUUAGGGGCUUGUAUCCAGAGCAUAUAAAGAACUCUUACAACUCAAUAAUAAAGACAAUUUAAAAAUGGAUAAAGGAUUUGAAUAGACAUUUCUCCAAAGAAGGUACACAAAUAGGCAAAAAGCACAUGAAAAGAUGCCGAACGUCAGGGAAGUGCAAAUAAAAUCACAAGAUACCACUCCACGCUGGGUUACUAUAUUUAAAAAAAAAAUCAACAGUAACAAGCAUUGGUGAGGAUGUGGAGAAAUCAGAAUCCUCAUACAUUGCUCUUGGGAAAUGGAAACUACCAGUAGGGGAAUGAAUAAGUAAAUAACAGCAUAUCCAUUUGAGGAAUUCAUUCAACCACUGAAAGCAUAGUGAGUGAAUGAUCUCAACGGUGGGCUGAGGAAAGAGAUGCCUGUGGUAGGGCUAUGUGCUGUAGAUGGGGAGUUGGAAGAAUUUGCCCUAAGGUGGUCUGGAAGGUGUGGGUAGUGGGUUGGGGGGAGUGAUGCUCUCUUUGAUUUGCAAGUGGUGGAGGUAUUGAUUCUUAGCCUCUGCCUUUCCCCCAAGGGAUGCUCAAUUUACUAUAUCCCCAGCCAGUUCCUGCAAUCCGUACCCUGCUGGGCUGGGUUCAAAGUUCCCAGGUGGCACCCAGGCACUGAGGGGUGGACUGUUCAGGGAUUUAGGCCCUUCCAGAGCGCCCCCUCCACUUCCAGCCAUCUCCAAUACACAUAUGAUUUUUUAAAAUAAAUAUUGCAAACAUAGGUUCAACACAAAACUCCUAAUGUGCACUCCACUCCCAAAAUAGAUGGAGAACUCCUAUAAAGAAAUUCCAGCGUUGGCACUCUGGGGGCAACUGAGCCCUUCUGUGCGCUGUGUCACCUCCCCAAAGGUCAGGGAGAGCAGUCACAAAAGGACAGCUCUAGCCCCAGAACUUCAGUUCAUUAAGCAAAGCCUAGGGUUCCAGGGCAUGGGGAGGAGAGAAGGGAUCAGUUGAGGAGCCAGGAAACCUGGGUUCUGAGCCUGGUUCGGCCCCUCAGCAAGUUAUUUCUUCUCUCAGCUUCCGUUUCCUCUUCUGUAAAAUAAGGCAUGGGCAAGGCCUGGCAGGGGCGGGGCCCGAACCUGCGGAAGGCGACGGCGGCUCCGGCCCCUCCCGGGGCGGGGCGGUCACGUGCGCGAUCACGCGUUCCUACCCGGAAGUGCGCCGGGGCUCCUGCAGGCGGGGCGCUGUGCGGGCCGCGUUCCGCAUUUGCAGGACCAGGGAUGCUGCACUGCUCUCCCAUGAGCCAGUCACCAAGUCUGUCUGCUGCAAGCCCUUUCUGAACCUCUGGCUGUCUGGAUGCUCCACUGUGCUCCUUGCCAAGAUGAAGUGUGUCUUGGUGGCCACUGAGGGUGCAGAGGUCCUCUUCUACUGGACAGAUGAGGAGUUUGAAGAGAGUCUUCGGCUGAAGUUCAGGCAGUCAGAGAAUGAGGAAGAAGAGCUCCCUGCCCUGGAGGACCAGCUCAGCACACUCCUAGCCCCGGUCAUCAUCUCCUCCAUGACGAUGCUGGAGAAGCUGUCGGACACCUACACCUGCUUCUCCACGGAAAACGGCAACUUCCUGUAUGUCCUUCACCUGUUUGGAGAAUGCCUGUUCAUUGCCAUCAAUGGCGACCACACUGAGAGCGAGGGGGACCUGCGGCGGAAGCUGUAUGUGCUCAAGUACCUGUUCGAAGUGCACGUCGGGCUGGUGACUGUGGACGGUCAGCUUAUCCGAAAGGAGCUGCGGCCCCCAGACCUGGGGCAGCGUGUCCAGCUGUGGGAGCACUUCCAGAGCCUGCUGUGGACCUACAGCCGCCUGCGGGAGCAGGAGCAGUGCUUCGCCAUGGAGGCCCUGGAGCGACUGAUUCACCCCCAGCUCUGUGAGCUGUGCAUAGAGGCACUGGAGCGGCACGUCAUCCAAGCUGUCAACACCAGCCCCGAGCGGGGCGGCGAGGAGGCCCUGCAUGCCUUCCUGCUUGUGCACUCCAAGCUGCUGGCAUUCUACUCUAGCCACAGUGCCAGCUCCCUGCGCCCGGCCGACCUGCUCGCCCUCAUCCUCCUGGUUCAGGACCUCUACCCUAGCGAGAGCACAGCAGAGGACGACAUUCAGCCUUCCCCGCGGAGGGCCCGGAGCAGCCAGAACAUCCCCAUGCAGCAGGCCUGGAGCCCUCACUCCACAGGCCCAACCGGUGGGAGCUCUGCAGAGACGGAGACAGACAGCUUCUCCCUCCCUGAGGAGUACUUCACACCAGCUCCUUCCCCUGGCGAUCAGAGCUCAGGUAGCAUCGUCUGGCUGGAGGGGGGCACCCCACCCAUGGAUGCCCUUCAGAUAGCAGAGGACACCCUCCAAACGCUGGUUCCCCACUGCCCUGAGCCUUCCGGCCCCAGAAGGAUCUUCCUGGAUGCCAACGUGAAGGAAAACUACUGCCCCCUAGUGCCCCACACCAUGUACUGCCUGCCCCUGUGGCAGGGCAUCAACUUGGUGCUUCUGACCAGGAGCCCCAGCGCGCCCCUGGCCCUGGUCCUGUCCCAGCUGAUGGAUGGCUUCUCCAUGCUGGAGAUGAAGCUGAAGGAAGGACCGGAGGCCGGGGCCUCCCUGCGCUCCCAGCCCUUUGUGGGAGACCUGCGCCAGAGGAUGGACAAGUUUGUCAAGAAUCGAGGGGCACAAGAGAUUCAGAGCACCUGGCUGGAGUUUAAGGCCAAGGCUUUCUCCAAAAGUGAGCCCGGAUCCUCCUGGGAGCUGCUCCAGGCAUGUGGGAAGCUGAAGCGGCAGCUCUGUGCCAUCUACCGGCUGAACUUUCUGACCACAGCCCCCAGCAGGGGAGGCCCACACCUGCCCCAGCACCUGCAGGACCAAGUGCAGAGGCUCAUGAGGGAGAAGCUGACGGACUGGAAGGACUUCGUGCUGGUGAAGAGCAGGAGGAACACCACCAUGACCUUCACCUACCUAGAAGACUUCCCAGGCUUGGUGCACUUCAUCUAUGUGGACCGCACCACUGGGCAGAUGGUGGCGCCUUCCCUCAACUGCAGUGAAAAGACCUCGUCGGAGUUGGGCAAGGGGCCGCUGGCUGCCUUUGUCAAAACCAAGGUCUGGUCUCUGAUCCAGCUGGCGCGCAGAUACCUGCAGAAAGGCUACACCACGCUGCUGUUCCAGGAGGGGGAUUUCUACUGCUCCUACUUCCUGUGGUUCGAGAAUGACAUGGGGUACAAACUCCAGAUGAUCGAGGUGCCCGUCCUCUCCGACGACUCAGUGCCUAUUGGCAUGCUGGGAGGAGACUACUACAGGAAGCUUCUGCGCUACUACAGCAAGAACCGCCCAACCGAGGCUGUCAGAUGCUACGAGCUGCUGGCCCUGCACCUGUCUGUCAUCCCCAUUGACCUGCUGGUGCAGCAGGCCGGCCAGCUGGCCCGGCGCCUCUGGGAGGCCUCCCGUAUCCCCCUGCUCUAGGCCAAGGUGGCUGCAGUCUGCCUUUGCAUCCUGUCUUCCAGCUGCCCUUGCUUGCCACUGUUACCCAUGACGAGAGCCUCCUGUCUGCAGUGGCUAUCCUGAGGAUGGGGCAGAGUGCCCAGGGUGGCCCCAGGGUUUCUAAAACCCCACCUAGACCACCCUCCAUGUCGGGUACUGAGCAAGGCCCCAGAUCCUUCUCUCUGGAGGAAGAGGGAAGCCCAGGGGUCCUGUUUGUAAAACAACAGUGGCAGCAGCUCCUCUUCCAGAGCUGCCUCUGCCUUUAUCCUGGGAGAUGGGGAGGAAGCCCCAUCUCUGCUGUUCCCUCUGUGGAGGAAGCCCACGCAGCAAGCUCUCUCCUACCCCAGGUAAAAGUGCUCCUUUGCCUGGGUUUGAAUUCUAGCGCUGCCACUUCCUCUCUGCACCUCCUAGCAAGUUUCUUCUAUUCCCCACAUUUAAAGCGAUGGCACCUCCCUCCCAGGGUGGUGUGAGGAUUACCCAAUGUGGUAGGUGCUCAAUAAAUGUUGGUCAGUGUUAUCACUGAAGCCCAACAUGCUUGUGCUUCUAGACCCUUCUGUCAGUGCUGAUAAGCCCUUGCUAAGUCCCAGCCCCUUCAUGCUUGGCUGGCGUCUGCCCUAGGGCUGGGGUUCUCAAGCCCCUGGCCCUGGCCCAGAGAUUUGGAUUCGCUUGGCAGCCAUGGAGCCCAGGCUUUGAUGUCUUUCAAAGCUUCCGUGGUGCACCCUGGAUUGAGAACCACCACCUGAGGGGUACAGCCCCUCUCUUCCAACUGAGAAGUUCCUGUCCCAGAAUGGACCCAAGGACAAGAGACCCUGAGAGCCCUGGGACUGGGAGUGUCUGCUCCUCUGAGGCCAGAAGGCUGGUGCUGGGCCAGAGAGGGCGGCGUGGCAAAAGUCAGCGUCCACUGCAGCACAGGAUCAGAUGGCCGCGUGCUGUGUGUGCAGGAGCCUCGCCUUCUGCGUCUUCAGUCUUCAGCCAAAAUUCGCUCAAAGACUGGUCUCUCCCUUGCAGGGAACAGCUUUGGGGCUGGGGGAACUCGAACCCACACGUUGGUCUAAAGCCUGAGAAGGUGGCAGUGAGGAAGUAUCCCCUCAGGUGACUGGAUCUGUGUUCCUCCUUAACAUCAUCUGAUGGAAUGGCAAUGAAAAGCAUGGAUUGUGGAAAAUACAGAAAAACAUAAAGGAAAAAACUCCAAUCCUCUGAGCCCACCACUGUUCAGGACCCCUGCUUUUGUCACCUACUAUUUUCCUUUAGUUUUUAGCAGCGGCUGGAUGUGAUAUGUCUAGUUUAACCCAUCCCCUUGAUCUUUCUAUGUAAUAAAUAACACAGGAGUGAA